AUGGCGUCUUCAUGUGCAAACCUCUCUUACUGCUCAUUUUCACUUCCCAAAACCCUGUCUCGAACCACACUCUGUUCGCCAUCUUCCUGCAAUCCUAACAUUUCCUUCUUCAAUGGGAUUUUAGUUCAUGGCAGAGAACCCAUGUCAAGGAUGCAUGCCAAGUUUGAGAAAUUUCAAGGCCCAGGAUACCUUGAUGACGGUGAUGAUGAUACUGGUCAGGUUUCUAGUCUAGACCCACAAGCACAGACAAUUCAAGAAGGAUUUGACGAGGAAGGAGAAGAUGAUAGUUGUCUCCCGUCUAGCUUGGAGGGAGCUGUUCAGCAGUCAGGCCAAGCAGCUGCAGAUUUUGUAUUUUCUGGAGGAAUGAGAGCCAUAGUUGAACUCCUAAUCCCACAGCUGAUUUUCCUUGAUGACGAGGGUGCUCAGUCUGAGCUCUGGGAACUUUCAAGGAUAUUUUUGGAUACACUAAUUGAAGAAACAGGAUGUCAGCGAGUCAAAGCUGUAUUUCCAGAUGCUGGGGCUGCUGCUCUUCUGAAGUAUCGCUGGCAAGAUGCUUCAUUUGAGUUUUCCAGCUUGGGUGACCGAAAGCCUGUGACAAAAGAAGAUGAAAUUGUUGUGAUGGUGGUUCCAGACUAUCAGAUGUUGCAAUAUGUUGAAAAAAUCGCAUCUGAACUCUCAGAUGAUCCACCCAGGCCUCUUCUCAUGUGGAACCCGCGUCUUGUUAGUGAGGAUGUUGGUAUUGGCAUCAAUGUUCGUAGAUUACGGAGAAACUUUUUGAGUACAUUUUCGGUGGUUUACUCAAUGCGACCGCUUCCGAAAGGUGCUGUAUUCAGAUGCUACCCAGGAUUAUGGAAGGUGUUUUAUGAUGAUAAAGACAGGCCGAACAGGUAUCUCCUGGCCAAGGAAUUGGUGAGCCGUCCUGAUGCAGAAGAACUAGAGAUAAUUUUCCGGGGAUCAGAAGAGAAGCCAGACAAAGCUUUAUCCUUCUUUGAUCAAGCAGCUAGUGCAUACUCUUGGAGACCUUUUACAUUGUAUCAUUGGGUUUGGGGACGUUCAAAUACUUUCUCAAAAGGGGCACCUGGAUCUGAUAACAACAAUACCCAGCAGGGUGGUUGGUUUCGGACUUUCUCUAUAGCUGCAUAUAAGCCUUACUUCGAUGUUGACACUUCUGAUGUCAUAGAGAGGAUCGUAGAAUCGCCGUUCCUAUUCCGAGGAAGUUUCACGGAGAAGACUACAGAGCGUCCUGAUUUGUAUGGGCCAUUCUGGAUAUGCACUACUUUAAUAUUUGCGGCAGCUUCCAUUGGCUAUGUUACUAUAGUUCCUAUCUGCUUGUAUGUUAUUCUCAAGUAUUUCUCUGCCCCGGCUGGCCUUGUUCAGCUGUUCUGUCUUUACGGCUACUCUUUGUUCAUCUUCAUUCCUGCUUUGUGUCUCUCAGUUAUUCCAUUGCAAAUUGUCAGAUGGGUCAUUGCAGGGGUAGCUGGAUUCAUGUCUGCUACUUUUGUUGCUCUUAAUCUCAAAGCUCAUAUUAAUUCCGCAGGUGAAAGAUGGUUCUUGAUUGUGGUGGGAAUAUUCCUGUUGCAACUAGCUCUUGCCUUGGUGUUGAAGCUGUAUCUCUUCACUGUGUCAGUGUGA